ACGAGUUGAGGCUUCUGAGAAUGUUGUGUCCUGUGUAAUCUGGGUCGUCGUCAGGCAUCCGGCUGGCCGGGCUGGCCACCACAGGCACAGCAAAAGAGGACACCCAAACAGUCUCUCCGACUGCUAAGAAAAAUGGUCUACCUUCUUUCUCUCUCCUUCUUCAUCCUCUUCCUAGGACCCACACAGGCCCACCCUCUCCAGCUGGGCGAGAAGGAUGAGAUGGUCUGCACAGAAGACCCAGAUGAUCUGGUGGACAUCACCACCAGGAUCCUGGAGACCAACAAUGCCAACACAGAGAUGCUGAUGGAAGGAGACAUCAUGGUCCCCAGAACCAGGACCGCCAUCAGGUGCUUGUGGUCCAACGAAUGCCUCUGGGAGAGGAAGAAGUCAGAGGUUCCUUACACACUCAGCUCAGAUUUGGACUAUUAUUCCCAGGGGAAGAUCAAGUACGCCAUGAACACCUUCCACACCAAGACCUGCGUGCGCUUCGUCCAACGUAGCAACCAGAGGGACUACCUUAGCAUCGAAAGCAGAUCCGGCUGUUCUUCAUGGGUUGGCAAAACCGGAGGUAAGCAGCUCGUAUCCCUCGAAAAAAGAGGGUGUGUUAACCACGGUACCAUCCAGCACGAGCUGCUCCACGAUCUGGGUUUCUACCACGAACAGAACAGGAGUGACCGCGACAAGAACAUCAGGAUCAACUGGGAGUAUGUUGAACGCGGGGAGGAGCCCAACUUCGACAAAGCGGACACCAACAACCUGGACAUUCCUUAUGACAACUCCUCCGUCAUGCAUUAUAAUAGAUGGUUGUUCAGCACUCCUAUUCCUGACGCCACUGUGCCCAUCGGACAGAGCUUGGAGAUGUCUGCGAUUGACGUUCAGAGGGUUAACAAGCUCUACAGGUGUUAAAGGGAGGGAAAAGUUGGAGCUGAAUCUGAUGUCUGAAUCUGAUGUCUGAAUUUAAUGUCUGAAUCUGAUGUCUGAAUUUAAUGUCUGAAUCUGAUGUCUGAAUUUAAUGUCUGAAUCUGAUGUCUGAAUUUGAUGUCGGACUGUCAAUGUUAAAAUUAUCUGGCAUUGUGUUGUUUGAAGGCAACUUGGGGUUAACUUAUUUUCUCAUGUUCAUUACUUGAUAGUAAUGGAAAU